AUGCUCGAGGAACAAGAACGCAAUCUCAUUGCCCAAGCAUCCUCCUCCUCGGCUUUUGACGAUAUUGAGGCCAUUGCAGAUCUGGAAUCAGCACUUGGUACCGGCGAUGACGUUUUCAAUACGACUACGACAAUGGCCGUACCUGCCGAAGAUUUCAGAAGCGAACAGAAAUUUAAUGGAGAGGAAGAAGAAAACCAAAGCAAGGAAUCGAUUCCACGACCUGAAGCUUUAUUUUUGCACGGUUUAGACGAGAUGAGCACCAAAGACAUUCGUGCUUACUGCAGCAAUUUGUCUCUGGAGAAAAUUGAGUGGAUCAACGACACAUCUUGCAAUUUGGUUUUUGCGAACAAAGAAGCUGUAGAGAAAGCUAUUGAGGAGUUGCUUGUCAGUGAUAUUGAGGAUCCAGUGACACAUCGAAUUUUACGCAAAGCACGGGCAUACACACAAGAAAGUUCUGGACACGUGUUUGACAAUCUUCAUAUUCGCAUAGCAACGGAUUGGGAUGUUAAGGAGCGUGGUGCUCGUGAUCGAAGCCGUUAUUAUCUGCUCCAUGGUGGCGACAGUGGUCCGGCCGCGUCGUCAAGAUUGCCCGACCUUCCCAAAGGCGGCGUAUUUAAUCGACUGGGUAGACGAAAUGAAUCGCGUCCGCAAGGCCGACGAGGAGGACGACAACGUCAAGAAGAACGACGAUCCCUUUCACCUCAGCCACGACGAUCUGACAGGAGAUUCAAUGACGAUGGUACCACGGCCGAUGACGAUAGUUCGAUCCAAGUGCCUGACAGUCUCAAGGGAAGAAUCGGUCCACGGCGGCCACGAUAA